UUUCCUAAAAGUCCAGUAAAAUCUCCUAAACCCGUCAUGAUAAAUGCUGCCUUAAGCACGUUCGGCGCUCAGGUCGUGUUGGCUACGUCCAGCGACGAGAACCACCCGCCAGAAAACAUUACCGACGGAAAAACAGAGACGUUCUGGAUGUCCACCGGGAUGUUUCCUCAAGAGUUAAUCAUUCGAUUCCCAGAUAACAUGAAAGUAUCACUUAUCUCCGUUCACAGUUUUAAUGUAAAGCGUUUAAGGAUCGAGAAAAACGCACAAGAAGAAGCUGACAAAUUUGAAGUCGUAGCAGAGAAAGAGUUUGAACAGACAGAGAACGGUCUACAAAUUAAUGACAUAACACUUGAUGGCUCGACUGCAACACACUUGCGGUUCCUCAUCCUCUCUGGAUAUGAUCAUUUUGUCUCCGUGCACAAAGUGGGAGUGCAAGCUUGAAAAUAUCCAUUUUUCUAAUUCUACGUUUCUGGGUUUUAUUUGUUUGUUUAUUUUUAGAAUCACUUAACAGAACUCUAAACUGUACACAUUUGUAAAGCAACCUUAUAUUUCAAAUAAUGUAUAGAGGUCAGUAUUGAAAACAAUCAUCCUAUGUUUUCUACAGAAUAAAUGCUUUGAACUAACAAA